CGCCAUGGCGCGGGAGAGGCCGCCCGCGAGGGGCUGCGGGGCCCUGCGCCGCUGUCUGCUCGGCGCCGCGCUGCUGCUCGGCCUGCGGCUCUGCGCGGAGCUGCGGCGCGCCGGGCCCCGGCCCCCGGCCCGCAGCGCCCCGCCGGGCACAGCCCCCCGGCCGCCCGAGCCGCACCUGCCGCCCGCGCCCGGCCCGCCGCGCGGCGCCAGCAGGAGGCGGGUGACCUACGUGCGCAGCGGGCGCCGAGCGCCGCCGGGGGGCCGUGGGAGCGGGCCCCCGGAGCCCGGCUGCUGCGCCCCGCGCGGGCCUCCCCGACGGAAGGGUCCCCGGUGGCAUAUAGAUCUCCAGCCUUGGGCGGGCCCUGCUCAGUCCCUGGAUGAAGAAGCCUUGAGGUUCCUGAGAUAUAUCAGCACCACCCAGAUUGCAUGCAAUCACAUAAGCACAGACAGCCUGGCUACCGACUCCAGCCCUGCAAAGAAGCCCUGGUCAGUCUGUCUUGAUGACAGGUUUGGCUUAGCUCAUCAAAUCCGAAAUAAGCAGUGCCGUCUCUACUCUUUGGGGCUGGGAAGUGAUGACACUCAUUUUGAGGUUCGCAUGGCCGAUGAUGGAUGUGAAGUACAUCGCUUUGAUCCCAGCGUUAAGUCAGCUCAUGUUCUGGAGAGCCAGCGCCUCUGGUUCCACCGCUUGUCUGUCGACUGGCGGGACCCCCAUCCAGCUGUUGCAGCCCAAAAACUGCAUAGCAAUGCCAGAAAACUGGGAACCAUUUUGAAUGAAUUUGGGCAUCACAAGAUUGAUGUUCUCAAAGCAGAUCUGGAAAGUGCAGAAUGGAAAGUUCUGGAAAAUCUUAUUCUGGAAGAUGUCCUUGGACAAAUCGGACAGCUCAUCUUUGAGAUCCAUCUCCACUGGCCAGGGUUCGAGGUCAGUGGCAGCGACAGCAGUGUUGUGCGGUUCUGGUACAGCCUCCUCAAAGAGUUAGAACUCAAGGAUUUCAGGCUUUUUCAUAGUUACAAAGAUUUAUCUAAACCUCAGCUAUUCCUGAAGAAAGACAUUUUCAAUGCAAGUAGCUGUUACAUUCUGAGUUGGGUGAAUACAAGAUGGAAGUAGGAUGCAGGACCUCAUCAAGAACUCAAGGAAAUAUUUGUAGAAUAGAUCAUAUCCAUGAUUCUAAUUAUUGGUUUACUUGUCCAGUCUCUCACUAGCCUAUUACCUGCUUGAGGCCAGGACUGUGUUACUGCCUUUGUAGUAGUUGUAGCUUGGCGCCUGCCACGUGGAAGUGGCACAGUUAACACUUGUUGAAAGGAUGGACACAGGAGUCCACCUCCGUCUGCCCACACGCAGGCUCUUUGCCUGUUUCCCUCUGACAGAGUGCGGAUGCUUGUUCUCCCUCAUUUUAACUUGGAAGACAAUCUCCCACUUAUCUCAGUUUUCCCUAAAAUUCAUUUUGUAUCCGUAACCCAUGAAUUCACCAACAUGAUAAGGAAAUUACAUAAAUUUUCCAUUUUUAUUGAGAUGAUGAGAUUCUCCUGUUUAAAAUAGGGCCCCUGGUUUGACUUUAAUUCACCUCUUUCAAGGUUUUUCUUGUUCACUUUGUCAAUAACAUACUUUACAACCUUGUAGAUGUCAGUCAUUCCUCCUGAGCAGAGGCUGAGGCCAUGCUGCAGCUUUAUAGGAGCCGCUGACUUGGUGCCUGGGAACUCAGACACAUUGCAUUCUGUCACUGAGUUUAAAA